AUGGUGGAAGACAAAAAGACCGACGAUUACACAAUCGAAAUGGACAAGAUGGACCAGGGGAGCAAGAAUUUCGAGGCCGCCGCGCCUCCUCCCCAGCCCCGGACUCCCCCAGCGGGCUCCAUCUCCAACAACCCGAUCUUGCCGGUGCUGGCAUACUGCGGAUCGUCCAUUUUGAUGACGGUGAUGAACAAGUAUGUUCUGUCGGGGCUGGAUUUUAACCUCAACUUCUUCCUCCUUUGCGUUCAGUCUAUCGUUUGUAUCGUCGCGAUCCAGACUUGCAAGUCGUGUGGUCUGAUUACUUACCGCGAUUUCAGUGCCGAUGAGGCCAGAAAAUGGUUCCCCAUCACCUUGCUUCUCAUUGGAAUGAUCUACACCGGUUCCAAGGCUCUCCAGUUCCUGUCUAUCCCCGUGUACACCAUCUUCAAGAACUUGACCAUCAUCCUCAUUGCCUAUGGAGAGGUGCUUUGGUUCGGUGGCUCCGUCACCGGUCUCACCCUCUUCUCUUUCGGCCUCAUGGUCCUGAGUUCCAUCAUUGCCGCGUGGGCCGACAUUAAGCACGCGGUUGAGUCGACCGGCGAUGCCACCGCCAAAGUGUCGACCCUGAACGCCGGAUACAUCUGGAUGCUGGUCAACUGUCUCUGCACCUCCUCCUACGUGCUGGGAAUGCGCAAGCGCAUCAAGUUGACCAACUUCAAGGAUUUUGACACUCUAGCCAUGUUCUACAACAACCUGCUGUCCAUCCCCGUCCUGAUUGUUCUGACUGGUCUGAUGGAGGACUGGUCGUCGGCCAACAUCACCCGCAACUUCCCCCCCGCCGAUCGUAACAACAUCAUCUUUGCCAUGAUCCUCUCGGGCCUGUCAUCCGUGUUCAUUUCCUACACCUCCGCCUGGUGCGUCCGCGUGACCUCUUCGACCACGUACUCGAUGGUGGGCGCUCUCAACAAGCUUCCCAUCGCUCUGUCCGGCUUGAUCUUCUUCGAUGCUCCGGUCACCUUCCCCAGCGUUUCUGCCAUUGUCGUCGGCUUCGUUAGCGGGAUUGUGUAUGCCGUGGCCAAAAUCAAGCAGAACGCCAAGCCCAAGACGGGCGUCCUGCCCAUGUCGAACCCGCCUGUCAGCGCCAGCAGCCAAAGCAUGCGCGACUCUCUGCGGUCUUAG